AUGGCGGUUCGGCUCUUAUUUGCCUGUCUGGCAUUUCUGUGUCUGGGACAGCUGGUCUCUGCCGGCAAUUUCAUCAAUCCGCCUCCCUCGGACUCGGAGAUCGACAACCCCGUUUAUGAACUGGGACAGCGGUUGAAGAUCACAUGGCAGGCAGAUGCUGAGUUCACGGAUCUUACCAUGUGGCAAACCGACACAGGUCAAAGGUACAACCUACAGUCAAACAGCAAGUCCAAAGAAUAUGAGUGGAUAGCAUCCUACCAGGGAAUCGACCCUACCAACGGGACAUCCUUCAGCUUCUGGAUGUUCAAAACAGGCGAGACAUCCGCACUCUUCUCUAGCCAUACCUUCAACAUCAGCGACCCCUCGACAUCUACCACAUCAGCGGAUACAUCCACCAAAACCCGACAACCAAAAACGAAAACAAGAACAUCCAGCGAAGCCAGCGAAGCCAGCGAGACGGCCACCGAAACCGCUGCAUCAAGUACAGCCACAGAUGAGCCGGCAGCAUCAGGACUAUCCACUGGAGCCACCGCGGGAGUGGCCGUUGGCGCAGUCGUGGGAGGACUUCUACUAGCUGGUGUAGGAUUCAUGUUAUGGCGAAGGAAAAGACGCUCCACACCCACGAUCGAUCCAUCACUCGAGCCUUCAAAAAGUGGUUAUGCGCCGGUCGAAGCACCGCAUGAUAAUACUGCUCGACAGGGGCCUUGGGAAAUGGGGGGUUCUACGCAGUUCGUGCACGAGUUACCAGCGAAUAGUGGAGGGUACAGACCAUAG